CAGCCCCGAAGAAAACCCGCCCCAACCACGAUAGACUGGAUACCAGGUUUAUAGGUGUGGAUAUUACGUACAUUGCUCGCGGCAGACGAGAUCCCAGCUGCCGCCCCUGUAUGCCCGGCUCGGGUUUCCGCCUAACCCUCAGCCAGCAAUAAUCAGUUAAACUGCUAGAGGGCGCUGAUGCUCAAUCGCUAAUAUUGAGCAAUCCAUCAUGGCACCUAUGGAACACAGACAUCGCCCCGGUCCGCUGAAGCAGGACAACAAAUCCCACAAAACCGGGCGUCACCGCACCAAGGGGCAGAUAGACAAGGAGUAUAAAGGUCGUGUACCAGUAAAAACAGGGACAAAGAGGGUGAAACGGGAACAGAGCAAGGCAGACAAGAGACACCAUGCACUGCAGAAGCGUCAGAAAAGCAGGGAAGAGGUAUUCAUGCAGAAGAGAACCCUGGGAGGGGCCACUGGGCCACCUCAUACUGUGGCGAUUGUCCCCCUGUGUGAGGAUGUGAGCUCGUCAGAGGCGCUGACAGAGCUGCUGGGGUGUGAUGACACAGCCGUGGUGUACACAACACAGGACAACAAGCUUGUCAACAUGUCUGUACCACGACACAAACACAGGUUCACCUUCCUCACCCCACCAAGGAACGACAUCGGAGCAAUACUCGACGCUGCUAAGACAGCAGACACCCUGUUGUUACUCCUGUCUCCCACGCGAGCGGCUGAUGAGUUAGGGGAGUACUGUCUCACCUGUCUGUUUGCACAGGGACUGCCCACACCUGUACUAGUCACACGGGGCAUCAAUAAUUUGCCUGUGAAGAAGAGAAAUGAUGCUAAGAGAAGUAUUAACAAGGCCAUGGAGAGGAGAUUUCCUGAGGAAAAAGUCCACACACUGGACUCACAACAGGAUGCAGCAUUGGUACUGAGGCACGUGACCAAUCAGAAGCAGCGUAGACUGAAGCUGCGGGACCACCGCCCAUAUCUACUGGCGCAGAAUGUCGUGUACCAACAAGAAGAGGAGUCUCCACAUGGGUCGCUGAAGGUGACAGGCUACUUGAGGGGCUGCCCCCUGUCUGUCAAUGGACUGGUCCAUCUCCCAGGCUAUGGGGACUUUCAGAUGACCCAGAUUGACCUGACCCCUGACCCCUACCCUCUGCAGAAACCGACAGAUAAGAAGAAGCCAAAAGAUUCCAUGGACACAGAUGCCACAGACUCCACCAGUAUGGACCAGGAUGUGCAGGUUCUCUGCAGUGCCGACCCCAGCAGACAGGAGUCUCUCCAGGCAGAGGUGGUGCCUGACCCCAUGGAGGGGGAACAGACCUGGCCCACAGAGGACGAGAUCAGGGAAGCAGAGGCUGCCUUUCAAGAGAAGGUGAAGACUGUGAAGAAAGUUCCCAAGGGAACGUCAGACUACCAGGCUGCCUGGAUAGUGGACAGUGAGGAGGAAGGAGACAAUGAGGAGGAGUCUGAUUCAGAUUCAGAUGAAGAUGCGAUGAUGGAAGCUGCGGAGGAUGAGGAUGAGGAGGAGGAGGAGGGUGGGAGUAUCGCUGGUACUGAGGACUAUGAGGAGAUGAGCCUGGCUGGAGAAGACAGAGAUGCUAAGUACGAUGCUGGGUUUGAUGCUGAGGAGGAGGAGACCAUGCUGCAGAAGUACAAGGAUGAGAGACAGGACCAGAUGUUCCCUGAUGAAGUGGACACACCCAUCGACGCCCUAGCAAGGAUCAGGUUUCAAAAGUACAGAGGCUUGAAGAGUUUCCGUACGUCCCCCUGGGACCCCAAAGAGAACCUACCGCUGGACUUCGCCAGGAUUUUCCAGUUUGAAAGCUUUAAGCGGACAGCCAGACGAGUCAUGAAUGAGGAGAGAGAUGACACAGAUACAGCAAUGCCUGGCUGGUACAUCACCAUUCAUGUAGCAAAUGUGCCAAAGACAUUCAUAGAGAACUACAAGCCGUCCCACCCCCUUGUUGUAUAUGGUCUACUGCAACAUGAACAGAAGAUGUCAGUGGUGCACUUCCUUGUCAAGAGGCACUCUGGGAACACAGAGCCAAUCAAGUCUAAGGAGAGGAUGAUAUUCCAUGUGGGUUACCGUAGGUUUGCUGCCUGCCCGAUUUAUUCCCAACACACACUGGGCAACAAACACAAGUUUGAACGUUUCCUGCGGAGUGAGGGGACGUCUGUAGCCACGGUGUACGCUCCCAUCAUGUUCCCUCCUGCCUCUGUACUCAUGUUUAAGGAGUACCCUGAUGGUUCCCAGUCUCUGGUGGCGACCGCUUCUCUCCUGAGCGUGAACCCAGACCGUGUUGUCGCCAAGCGGAUCGUGCUGAGCGGCCAUCCCUUCAAGAUCAACAGGAGACUGGCAGUGGUUAGAUACAUGUUCUUCAACAGAGAGGACAUUCUGUGGUUUAAGCCAGUGGAGUUGAGAACCAAGUGGGGGAGAAGAGGUCAUAUCAAGGAGCCUAUUGGGACACAUGGGCACAUGAAGUGUUUCUUUGAUGGCCAGCUGAAGUCCCAGGACACAGUGCUGAUGAAUCUGUACAAAAGAGUCUACCCAAAGUGGACCUAUGACCCUGAGGUCAACAUGCCUCCAGCUGAGCAACCUCUGACCUCGGAGGUCACCAGUAUGGAGGAAGAGAUGGCAUAAGGCUGUUAGAUGUGUCAAAGGUCAUGAUUGUUAUCUUCAGAUUUGAUGUCAAUGUAUAAGAUUGCUUAAAAGUUUCAUCUUAAAACCAGAUAAAUGGAUGUUACUGUUUGUGUCCAAGACAAUACCAAGACAAAGAGUAUAGAUGUACAAUCAGUCAUGUAUAAUAAUGACAUCAAAGGACAAAGAUCAAAAGUUGUUCCUUAUGUCAAAAAGGUUGUUAAGAGAAAGAGUGCACAUGAUGUACUGACAAAAGGUUAUGAAAGAAACGUUUACAUGUAUAUCAGACAGCAAUAAGAGGAACAAAAAAAAAUGAAAGGGUUCAUGUUGUCAAUUCCCUUCAAUCCUAGUGCUUAUUCUACUGGUAUCAGAAUAUGUAAGGAUAUGAUAUUCAUCUAGCAGAUGAGCACCAUGAUUGGGGCAUUUCAAGAGACAAGCGUACAAAGAAUUUGGUCAACUUUGGUGGUCAUCCACAAAAGCAAAGUAUAAACUAAUGUUAGUGUUAAUAUUAACUUAUUAACCAACUUGUAAUCGGUUCCCUAUAUAAGAUAUUGGUUGUGAUGAAACUGGUUCCCAGUUGAUGUUAAGAAUUAGAAAGCUAACAUCUGUAGGUGUGACCUCGAGGUUGUGGUUAAUAUUAACUCGCUAACCUACCCACCUUUGGUGGGGCAACAAAAUCAACGUCUUCCAUUUUGCCUGCACACCAGACAUGUUGAGGUUGCCUAGGCAACUGUUGCCAUAGAUACAUGCUCCUGGUCGUGUGAAUAAAAAGUGUUACACUUGAUAAAGUUAGUUAAGACUUAAUGGGUUUGGAAAGGGUGGAGGGUUACAAUAGUUGUACAUAUGGGCCUGUACGGGUAGGAAUGGGAAUGGGGUAGGAUAAGUGAUAAGGUUAGGGUAGCAGAGAGAGAAUUUAGGGAAGUAAGUCAUUAGAAAUAUCAGAAGGCUAAAUAGUUGUGGAAUCUCCAACAUUAUUAUAUACUGCAGGAAAGGACACAUUGAUUAUUGCCAAGUGAAACUGGAUUAUGUUAAGAACCAUGUUUGGAUACUUGUUUCAUUGUAUGUACUAGUAUAGUAUAGUAGUAAUUUGGAUGUCUAGUGUUAUGCAGAUUCACGUAGAAAUGUAGUGGUCUUGUCCUACCCAGCCAUGGUUUAUAGAACCAGUGGUGGAUUAGAUUUUAGAAGACAGCAUGUUCUGGGCUCAAUCUAUAGGAAGAAGUGAUGGUACUGACUGUACUUCAAGUGCCACAAUAGAAGUUGCCAAACUACCAUUACAUGUAUGUAUAUACAUGUCUUGUAAUUCUGUGGCAUAUUUUAGUGGUUGUCUGCUGUAGCUAGUAGUAUAAAUAGAAUGAGUUUCCUUCCUUCAAACAAGGUGUAGUCUGAGACAUGGUCAGCAUUGAAGCAAAUGUGAAAAGGUAUGGUAUGUACAGAAUUACUAUAAUUGUCACCUUUGCCAAGGUUAUGUUUUUGGUAAUAUGAGCUCGUAGUACUACCGGUACUGUAUUUUUAAUAUGUUUCCAUAUUUUUUUCAUGUUCAGAUAAUUUGCUUGAUGUGAAAUUUUCAUAGAUAGAUAUGAAAAGAAGUUGCAGUUACAAACUUUAUUG